CCUGUAGAAUGGCCAGUAAGACUCGACGUCAAAGAUGAAGACGCCGAUUUUGGGAUAGGGAUUUUUAGUAGAGGGGAUGGCAGUGUGAACAAGGUUGGUGAUUCUGCGGCAACACAUCAAAGAACAAGUCGGCAUCGGCAACAGCUAGAACAGGCGACUCAGCAUCAGGACCACCAGCAGCCUAAAAAACAGCGCACUGCGUUCACCAGACAACAGCUGGAGACACUAGAGGGGGAGUUUCGUGCACAUGCCUACCUUACCCGUCUACGUCGCUACGAAGUGGCUGUUGCUCUCGGACUAUCUGAACGCCAGGUAAUUAGAACUUUUGUUCCAAAGGAAGAGAAGGAGGUUUUCUUACUGUGA